UCAACCUGAAAAAAGUGGAGGUGUGGUGUUAGAGAGCAGUGAGCUGCCCAGACCUCUGCUGCAGGAUACAUUUGCUGCUACUAGCAUGACACAUCACACCACAAUCUACCAGGAUUGGUUUAUAUUAUACGCUGUCAGAGAAAGAGAGAGGUGCACUGUGGGUAAUGUAGGCACUAUGUUUUAACACAGAAGAAUGUGUGGAAUACAUGACAAUAUCUCCCGUUCUGCUGCAUCAGAUUUAAUCCUAAUUAUUUAUGUUCACCAUAAGUCUAAUGUUAUAGGAGAGCAACGAUAAGUAAUAGAUCUGUGUUAGAUCCCGUUGUAUCGGAGGGGGUACCCACUCAAUGAGCCGUGUGUCAAACUGCACAAAGAAAUAUAACAGCUGGAGACCGAAUAUGCAGCGUAUAAAUUCUUGCUACUUAUGGCUGCAGGGAUUUAUUAUGAAAUAACUUUACACAUGAUGUCUUGUAUGUAGUGUAUCAUUGCAAUGGCAGGAACAAAGGAUUGCUUAAAUCUUGUGGUUUUGAUCUUCAACAAUUCUUUUUUCAUUUUGUGAACAUAUUAGAGUCAAAGGUUUUUACACAGGGGGGAUUGUAUUUCUUGUUUUAUCACUCCGUAAAUCAGAAAAUGCUGUAAAAGAGCCAUAAUGAAUCCAUUUUCUCCAUGUGUUUAUGAAUUAAAUGUGGUUUUAAUCAGUUGGUGAAGUGGAGUGUAACUGAGCCUUGAAUCUGUUGUUUUUACUCUGCCCUUUCAGCUGUGUUGCUCGGAUGUGGUUAACAUGUGGAAAGUCUCUGUGUGGCAACUUCCUGAAACAAGAUGCACGAAGCAGAGCAGCAGAGAUCAGCAACUACAGCCCACUUGGAAACACACAGCCCCUGAAGCUGCGACAGCUGCAUUGUGGUACUAACGUGAUGAUAAAAUCCCUAAUUCUCCUCGGAGCAGAAGAUUUCCUCUGACUUCGGCAAGUAGAAACUAUGGCGACCGUGAUAGAGCUGCUGGAAACUUUGGAGGAUUUGGGAGAUAAAGAGCUGAAAAACUUCAAGUGGUACCUACAGCAGCCUGAAUUCCUGAAGGACUUCCCCCCCAUCCCAAAGAGUCGACUAGAGAAUGCAGACCGGCCGGACACUGUGGACCUGAUGGUGCAGACCUACAGCCAUGUGUGUGUGGACGUGGCCAAGAAGGUUUUAAAGAGGAUGAGGAGGAACGAUCUCGUGGAGAGUUUGUCAAACACCGACCCAGAACUUGAAGGUCAGUCAGCUGCUACAACAUCUGGAGCAGUGGAAGUUGAUGAUAUUGAAGAGACAAAGAACUCAAAGAGUCGACCAGAGAACGCAGACCGGCCGGACGCUGUGGAUCUGAUGGUGCAGACCUACAGCCAUCAGUGUGUGGACAUGGCCAACAAGGUUUUAAAGAGGAUGAGGAGGAACGAUCUCAUGGAGAGUUUGUCAAACACUGACCCACAACCUGAAGUGGAUGUUGAUGAUAUUGAAGAGACUUCAAAGAACAAAGCAGUUUCAUAUGUUCAUCCACAGGCUGCUUCUCUUUCUGAACUACCAACUGUCAGCAGGCAAACUGAAGAUGUGAUGGUGCCAGUAUUACAGCCUAAACCAAACACAUCACAGAAGAUCAGACUGCAGUCUGACCUCCAGAACAUGUUCAAGUGUGCACAAGACAGGUGGAUAGAGAAGCAACACAAGGAACUUUUGCAUGACAUGAACCCAGAGGUGUUCGUGAUGGACACCGGCACAGAGGGAACACCCAUGAGAACAGUUCUGACCAAUGGGAUUGCAGGAAUUGGUAAAUCAUUCCUUGUGCAGAAGUUUUUGUUGGACUGGGCUGAAAAAAGAGCCAAUCAAGGUUUGCAUCUAAUAUUCCCCUUCACUGUCCAGCAGCUGAAAUUAUGGAGCGGAAAAAGGUUUCGUUUGGCAGAGCUAAUUCACACAUGUAUCCCAGAAGCCAAUGUCAUUAAGGAGGAGACUCUUAACGACGUCUUUACAACUUUACAGAAUUCAAGAAACUCCAACUUUGACAAAAGUGAAUUCAAACUUUUGUUUGUGUUUGAUGGACUGGAUGACAGCCUCCUUCGGCUAGAUUUAAUGGACAAAACAACAAAGUACGUUGAUGUGACAAAGUCAACCACAGUGGAUGUGCUGCUGGCAAACCUCAUCAGGGGGAAUCUGCUUCCCUCUGCUCGCCUCUGGAUAACCACACGACCCGCAGCAGCCAAACUGAUCCCUCCUGAGUGUGUUGACAUGGUGACAGAGGUCAAAGGGUUCACUGAUCCACAGAAGGAAGAGUACUUCAGGAAUAGAUUCAAGGAUGAGGAGCAGGCCAGCAGAGUCAUCUCCCACACCAAGAGAUCACAAAGCCUCCACAUCAUGUGCCACAUCCCAGUCUUCUGCUGGAUCACUGCUACAGUUCUGGAGGACGUGUUGAAGACCAGAGAGGGAGGAGAGCUGCCCAAGACCCUGACUAAAAUAUACAUCCACUUCCUGGUGGUUCAAUUCAACCAGAAAAAGGAGAAGUAUGGCCCAGAAAAGUGCAUUCAGUACAUUAAGUCAUUGGCAAAACUAGCUUUUCACCAGCUGCUGAAAGGCAACACAGUCUUUGACGAGGAAGACCUGAACCACAGUGGAAUUGAUAUCACAGCAGCCUCAAAGUACUCAAAAGUAUUACCAGAGAUCUUUAAACAGGUAUGUGGGCAGAGAAACAAUGAGGACCAGCAGAAGAUAUUCUUCUUUGCUCACUUGAGCACUCAGGAGUUUCUUGCUGCUGUUCAUGUGAAUAAAUCGCUGAGAGCCAAAAGUCUUUGGAUGUGUUUUGGCAAAACCUCUAAAGCAAAUGUCCACAAAAUUGCAGUGGACAAGGCCUUACAGAGUCCAAAUGGACACCUUGACUUAUUCCUUCGGUUCCUUCUAGGUCUUUCACUGCAGACCCCUCAGAGUUUCCUACAAGAAUGCCUGAUACCCCCAGGAAGUAGCCCAGAGACCAACAAGAAAACAAUAAAGUACAUCAAGAAGAAGAUCAGAAAUAAUCUGUCUCCAGACAGAAGCAUCAAUCUGUUCCACUGUCUGAAUGAACUGAAUGAUUGUUCUUUAGAGGAAGAGAUCCAACUUUACCUGAGAUCAGGAAGUCUCUCCACAGUUAAACUGUCUCCUGCUCAGUGGUCGGCUCUGGUCUUCAUCUUACUGUCAUCGGAAAACCAUCUGGAUGUGUUUGACCUGAAGAAAUACUCUGCUUCAGAAGAGGCUCUUCUGAGGCUGCUGCCAGUGGUCAAAGCCUCCAACAAAGCUCUGCUGAGUGGCUGUGAUCUGACAGAGAGAAGCUGUGAAGCUCUGUCCUCACUUCUCAGCUCUGAGUCCUCUAGUCUGAGAGAGCUAGACCUGAGUAACAACGACCUGCAGGAUUCAGGAGUGAAGCUGCUCUCAGUUGGAUUGGCGAGUCCACACUGUAUGCUGGAAAAUCUCAGGCUGUCAGGGUGUCUGGUCACAGAGAAAGGCUGUGCUUGUUUGGCUUCAGCUCUAAACUCCAACCCCUCCCAUCUGAGAGAGCUGGACCUGAGCUUCAAUCAUCCAGGAGACUCUCGAUUUAUGCUGAUAUCUGAUGGACUCAAGGAUCCAAACUGGAGACUGGAAACUGUCAGGAUGGAUUAUGGUGGAGAGCAGAGGCUGAAACCUGGUGUGAGGAAGUAUGCCUGUGAAUUGGAGCUGGACCCAAACACAGCAGAUCGUAAACUCAAGCUGUCUCACAACAAGAAGGUGAUAUGUUCAGGCUAUCAGCCAUAUCCUGAUCAUCCAGACAGAUUUGACAGUUGGAAUCCUCAGCUGCUGUGUAAAAAUGAAGUGACUGGUCGCUGUUAUUGGGAGGUCAAGUGGAGAGGAGAAGUCGACAUCGCAGUGACUUACAAAGGAAUCAGAAGGAAAGGCAACAGUAAUCACAGCAGGUUUGGAGGGAAUGAUAAGUCCUGGAGUCUGCACUGCUCCAAUGGUCACUGCAGUGAUCGUUACCUUGUCUGCUACAACAACAAAGAAAAUAAAUUGUCCUCCUUCCCCUCCUCUGUCUCUGGUAGAGUAGGAGUGUAUGUGGACCGUCCUGCUGGCACUCUGUCCUUCUACAGAGUCUCCUCUGACUCACUGAUCCACCUCCACACCUUCUACACAACAUUCACUCAGCCUCUUUAUCCUGGGUUUGGGUUAGGACUAAUUGUUUGGGACAAUUUGCAUGAUUUCAAAUCCUCAGUGUCUCUGUAGGCCAGUGAUUACCAAACUAUUUUGCAGGUCCCCUCAUUUGUAAAUAUUUAAAAUUUUCAAUCUGUACUUGACUUGAAUUUACUGACAUUAUCGCUCACAUAUGAUGCCAAGGCUCUGUGAAAACUUCUAUUUAUAAUUGGCAACGCAGCCAAAACGACCCUUAAAGUGGCCAUGUUAUGCUCAUUUUCAGAUU